AUGGCCGCUAAUUGUUUAAUAAGAAUAUUUUUUAGUUUAUUUGUAGUUAUUUGUUCGGUGUACUGUGCUAGUAUUGAUUCUCCCGUGUUCGGGUAUCACAUGAGGAUUGGAGUGCCUCAAGCAGUCAGGAUAGCGAGUUUGGAGUCCAUGAGAAUUGUUGGUGGUAGUGCCGUCAGUGCAGCAACUGCUAUUCCUCAUCAGGUGGGCAUCGUAGCAAGACUAACAACGGGUCACCAGUCAGUAUGUGGCGGCAGUCUCCUUUCCACCACCAGAGUCCUAACAGCAGCUCAUUGCUGGUUCGACGGAGAAGUGCAAGCCAGACAGUUCACCAUCGUUCUUGGCUCUCUUACUAUCUUCACAGGAGGGACAAGGAUAGACACAACUGAUGUCACCAUGCAUCCUUCUUGGAACUACUUACUCAAUGACAUUGCUAUGGUCAAGAUUUCUGCUGUAAAGUUGAGUACUACAAUACAAGUGAUUCCACUGCCCACGGCAGCAGAUGUGAACCAGAACUUCGCUGGAACAACUGGAGAAAUUUCUGGAUUUGGAAAGACUAGUGAUGCUCAAACAUCCUUCCCCACAUCCACGGCUCUGCAUCAGACAUCAGUGCCCAUAAUCACGAACGCAGUCUGCCAGAGAAGCUACCAGAUCACCAUAGACGGCAGCCAUCUUUGCACAGCUGGUACCGGGGGUAAAGGCACCUGUGACGGUGACUCCGGCGGUCCACUGACUGUGUUGCAUAACAAUAAGAGGAUCUUGGUUGGUGUAGUUUCCUUCGGCCCCAGCGAGGGUUGCCAAGCCAGUUCUCCAUCAGUAUUCUCCAGAGUAACCUCAUUCCUUACCUGGAUUAACAAUAACCUUAAGUAG